UUCACAUCGACAUUAACAUUCCCGUUGCAUCGGCACAUUUUAAGUCUCAAAAGUCUAAUAUAUUAAAUUAGCCAAAUACGUCGACACACACAGAUAUGAAUCCUAAUUGCAAUCCCAUAACUAAACUUUUAUAAUUGCGUAAUAUUAUGAUUGAAAAAUUAUGUUGUAAAAUCGGUUUACUCCAAUUUCGCUAAAACAUGACGGAACCGGAAAGUCAAACCGAAGAUGAGACGGUUAGCAGCGACUUUUUGGAGUCUGGUACAGAAGGUGUGACGAGCGAUGAUCAAAUAGCUUAUAAGAGUACUGAUGAUGAAACGAAUGAAGACACUAAGAAGAAGAGACUUCGGAUGGACAAGCGGUCUGCUAGCGGGAUGAAAUCAUCAGAGUCGAAUCCGGAGGAAAAAAACAAACGGAAGACAAUGUCCGACAUCACGAGACUAUCUGAUACGGAAACUAUCAAGUGCUUUCCGCUCAGCGACUUCCAGCACGAGCAUCGGGCUAGGACGACUGUUGGAUUAGGUCGAUGCGGGACGACGAGAAUCUGGAGAAGCAUGAGGGCGAGGCAACCGGUUAGAAACGGAACGAUGCCAGCUCAAACCACGAUACAUCGAAGGAUGUCGAGGAAUGGAAGCGGAAGAUUAUGGCCGAGUGUACCGCCGCUCUUUGCACGAGAUACAGUUAUCGGACUGGAGACAGAAUGGGAAAAGGAAAGACGAAGGAAGCAAAGGGACAUAUUCCUCUAUGACUUAACGGACGAUGACAAGGACAAAUUUCUUCAAAAUCAGCAGAGGAGCGACUUUGCUAAUCGCAAGGAACUAGGCCACGUACGUGUGCCGGUGUCGUAUUUAGAAUCAAGGUUGAAAUUAUCGGUGGAUUGCGCAGUUGGCGACCAACGUCCUGGUUUGGUAGACGGUGAUUACAUGACUGUGAAGUUGCCGUCCGAGCGUGUUUAUGCCUACGUGGUUCUUCGUGGACUGAAGGGUAUGCAUUUACUGGAAAUUAGCUCGCUGCGAGAGCGCAGGAACACUUGGAAGUUCUGCUUCUAUCAAGCGAUCGUGGCAUUGUUAGCGAAAACUCAGCUCAGAUACAAAUACGCGCGGAGCGCUAAUAUCGAUUACAUCUACGACCAUGCCUGGAUGCUCUUCACCCACAUCGGCUCGAUCAACGUGAAGGCAAAGCAGCGUUUAGACGACGUCGUUGUGUACAAUUACAAAUACAGCGUCGAAGUAGAAUUAAUCGAGGAAAUGAAAGAUGUUGUGGCACGGUUGGUUACCAUUUCCUAUAAAGAGUAUGGUGUGAGAUCGGAGAUUACGUUAAGUAGGAAGGAUCCCCUGCAAGUCGGGGUGGAACUCGGCUGUGAGAAGGUGACCGAUUCAGAUUACGUGCCCGUGCACGAGGACGAAGCGCCGAAAGAGCUCGAGCAGUGGCUCGACCAAAUGAUCACGGGAUAUCGUGACUAUAUAUUGCGCACAGCCAGAUUCUCAUUGGCCUUCUGGCAGGAUGGUCUGUUUUGGUACCUGUACAAUCCCUACCGGUGCAAUGAGUAUGGCUUCUGGGAAGAAAAGGAUGGCUUCGCCUGCAUCGUGAAGUUCUGUUCCAAGGACUCGUUACGGAGACACCUAAUGAUCCUUAUGUUGAGAGCUCACGCCUUCGAGAAGGAAAUAUCGCGAUUCAAUGAUCGAUCCAACUAUAAAGAUGAGGGGAACGUUUACAUCGAUGUUCAGCUCUUCCACGUGUCUUUCCGCUGCUGUCAGCUGGACAAUCUAAAGUUACUGCAACGUGGAAUGUCCAAGCAGCCGCGACGCGCCGACGAAUGUCCGUCGGAUACGCUUGAGAUCGAGGACCAAGAGGACGAGACCGAUCGAGAGGAGGAUGAGGAGGGCGAUCCGAGGGAACCAAGGGAGAGAGCUACAUGGCUGAAGCGUUAUCGGCCGACGACCUGGGGAAAAUGCGCGUCCGCGAACCGGAAAAGACCAGGCUCGACUGAGGUCACCACCGCCGGUAAAGCGAGAUGGCAUCAAUACUACGUGGAAGAACCCAACAGGCUGUUCUCCCUAUGGGGCGAGAUACACAUAACUGACGAUAUGUUCGACGAGGCGAACCGCGGUAUGCAAACGUACGCUUGUUACGUAGUGUGUGCUGGCAUGACUAGGAUUAUGGCGCCGGAAUAUUGGAGCCCGAAGACUCUCGACGCGAUCGUCGUGUGCGGGGAUCGUUAUUACACGCACAGCAAGCAUGAGGUCGAGCUCAAGUCUGCCAGCGACAAAGAUGCUAAUCACUCAUUUAAGUAUCUCUCUAAUUGUUUCGAUAUCGGCGAGAUCGUGUUCGAGGUUCGGAUGCUGCCGGCCGUUUGCGGCAGAUUGUACGCUGAAUCGGACGAGUGUCUGUGGAAGACACUGGAGCGAGUAUUCUCGAGCUAUCACUUUGCCGUACUGACAUGUGAAAACGCCUGCCUUGGCCUCUUCAAGUUCUGCGGAGCUUACUACGUGUGCGAUGUGAAUUCGUUCGGCCCGCCGUUCUUCCGGUACGGCCACGGCGCCGCGUAUCUGUUGAGAGCCACAUCCUUCCGCAAAUUUGUGACGAUACUCGUGUUGAUUAUCGGCUCCCCCGGACGCAGCCGAUUCAGCCUGAAUCCCAUCGAAAUUCUUAGGAUUGUCGAAGUAGACACCGCACUCGAAUCUCGUAGAAAACCACGUGACAAAAAAAAGUGCCGUUUCAGAAGAUUUGGUGGGAAAAUAACGGGAAAGUUGUCGAGAUUUGCGUUCGAUGGGCAAAAGAAAAAAAGAAUGAAUAAGUAGUAAAUCCGAACGUGAUGUAACCGCAUGUAACAAUCGAAGAUAUAUAAUUGAG